CGUAGAAUUUAUGUAUGUUCGUAGCUUUCACUUUAUUAAAAGCCAAAGAAAUCAUCAAUUUACUCUUGUGGGAAAUGGAACCGGCACAUGAUGAUGACCAAGAUCUCAAUCUCAGAGCUACUGAGCUCAGACUUGGGUUGCCUGGCAGGGAAGAAGAGGAUGGUGACAGGGAAAUUGUUUCAAGUUCCAAGAAAUACAACAAGAGAGCUUUACCAGAACCAGCUGCAGGGGAAGACUGUGAAUCAAGAUCUGAUUGUGACGAUGCCCACUCCCUAUUACCUGUUUCCAAGGCACAGAUAGUUGGAUGGCCACCAGUGAGAUCAUACAGGAAGAACAGUGUGCAUCAGGCAAAGAAGGAAUCAGAGGGUGAAACUGCAAUGUAUGUAAAAGUGAGCAUGGAUGGGGCCCCUUACCUUAGAAAAAUUGACCUGAAAAUGUUUGAGGGAUAUGGAGAACUGUUAAUGGGUUUGGAGAACAUGUUCAAACUCACCAUAGGUGACUACUCCGAGAGGGAAGGGUACAAAGGGUCAGAGUAUGCCCCUGCUUAUGAAGAUAAAGAUGGUGAUUUGAUGCUUGUUGGAGAUGUCCCUUGGGAAAUGUUCUUGUCAUCAUGCAGAAGGCUAAGAAUAAUGAAAGGAAAAGGGGCAAGAGGAUUGGGUUGUGGAGUUUGACAACAUUGAUGACACACCUCACCACAAAUGGAGUAAAACUAUAUAUCAAAAUGUGUGAUCAUUAUUUUGUCUUUGAUCUAAAGAGAAGAAUAUAUAUAUCUAUUGUGAGAAUGAGAGAAUCUGCAAAUCUGGGUUCUCAUGUAUACAAAUUAUAGCUGGUGAACCAUGGUGGUUCAUGAUCCUGUGGUGUUUUCUUGUUAGUUUUUAAUAUAGAUAUCUCUUGCAG